ACGCCCCCUCCAACACUCGGCGGCCGGUGCCUCGUCAACCACCGCGGGGCAUCGUGGAAGUGGUUUUGGGUGGUGGUGGUGGUGAUGGUGGUGACCUCUCUCCUUUCCACAUCGCAGAUCAUUCCUCGUGUGUCGGAGUCGAACAUCGAGUGGACAACAAAGACGUCAAGCCGCCCUCCUCACUGCUGCUGAACUUGAGACUUCCUUGAGGCCAUGGCGGAAAUUCUGGCCUCGUUGUUGGAGGUGGCGGAGAAAGCGGCGAACAUUGCGCGUGUCUGCCGUGCCGAGGAGGCACUCUUCAGCCUCCUGGUGGAGGAGAAGACGGGCGACGACAAGAACAAGAAGUUUCUGAGCGACUUCAAGACCUUGGCCGACGUGCUCAUCCAGGAGGUCAUUAAGCAUUAUGUGGGCAAGAAGUUCCCAGGUCUGGCAGGGCACAUUUAUGGAGAAGAGAGCAACAAGUUCACUAAUAGCUUGGGUGAGACGGUAUACAUCGAGGUGUGCGCCACCCCCGCCGACACGGCGGAGUUGCUCACCCUCGUGCUGGAUGGGAACCACCAGGCCGCUCGCCUCCUCGCCGAUGCCGUGCACUCUGACUCCGGGCUGGCGCCCGAUCCCCGGUUGAAGGACAUCGCCGUGAAGCUGGAGCCCGAGGACCUCGGGGUGUGGGUCGACCCCAUCGACUCGACGAACCAGUACAUCGAGGGUGCGUCGGAUGACAAGGGCAGAGGCGGGGUGUUUGAGCACGGUCUGCAGUGCGUCACCGUUCUCGUUGGGGCGUACGGGAGGCACGACGGCCUGCCCAUUAUGGGCGUUGUCAACCAGCCCUUCGUCAGGAGGGACCCGCACACUGGCAGGUGGUCAGGCAAAGGCUUCUGGGGCCUGUGUUACGACGGGGUACGCGUGAGCUCCAUCCAAGGCCCUCCCCACUCGGUGGACCUCUCCGUGGUGAUGAGCGGCAGCGAGGGCGAGCACGUCAGGUUAGCGAUGGGGAAGCUGUGCGGUGGCGAUAGCGAACGUGUCCGGCUGGUGGCCGGUGCUGGCUACAAGGCGCUGUGCGUGGCCGAGGGCUUCGUCUCGGCUUACGUGUGCACCAAGCCCAAGACCACGUAUGCCUGGGACAGCUGCGCCCCCCACGCGGUCCUGCGAUCCCUGGGGGGCGGCGUGGCCAACCUGCGGCGUUGCAUGGCGUCGUUCCGGCAGGGCGUCGCUGAGAGAGGCGAAGAAGGGAAGGAACCCCCGCAGCUUGUCUACCACCAGCCCUUCCCGAACGGUAAAGGGGCUGAGAUGUGGGCCAAUAUGGAUGGAUUUGUGGCCUACCGGUCACCAGCUGUGCUGCAGGCGGCAUUGUUGGCCUUGGCCGAGUGCGAGCGAACCUGAGCACUCGCCUUGCAAUUGUUCCCCUCUGGUACUGUAGUGUGGCGUGUCGACUUUUUUCCGUAACAAUGCCUCCAUCAGCUACGGUUUAUUGCCGUUUUCUACAUGAAACAAUUCUGUUGCUUGGGUCAUGUUCUAUUGGGUGCUAGAGCUAAGUAUGACCUUUGAGCUUGGAAACUUUGACUGAACUUUGUCCUUGUUAGUGUAUUUUUCACGUACAUAACUGUUCUUUUUGAUUAGGAAAGAAAGUUACUUGUUUAAUUGGAAAAAAGUUAUAUUCUUCUCAUAAGCUGAUUUGUAAUAUCUGUCAGUACUGAAAAAUUUUUGCAAAAUUUAAAAGGGUUGGCUUAGGUGGUUUAGGCACACGCCUGUAAUCCUGCACGAUGGGAGCAAGAGUAUGUGGUUCACAUAUUUAUUUUAAACUCCAAAACCAACAAGGUUACGAGGUGGCUAGAUGGUAGCACAGAAAGUGGAUUAAAGAGGCCCACCUGUGCAGAUCCUGGUAUGCUUUGUGAGGUAUCACCAUGCACUCUAGUUUUCCUCCCAUAUGUAGCAAAACACUACUUAAAAAUGAAUUUUCUGAACAUCCCAAUGCAGGACCUUCCUAAAAAGUCUUUCGAAUACUAAACAGGUUCUACUUUGAACAUGAGGCGGUAUGACCACAACCACUGCAUUGCGAUGUCAUUCGGAGCACAGUAUUAGUAUGGCUGAGCUCAGACUGUAUGGACCGCAUGAAGAAGUGGUCUCUUCAUUGAAGGGCCUCCUGUAAAAAAAGCAAUAUGUACAGCCCUAGAUUUGAAGCUUUCGUGACUGCAAGGAUUCAUAUUCUUAGGUUUUUUCGGUAAAGUCACGUAGGUAAAACAUUAACAUUAAUAAAAGUAAAAUAAAAUAAAAAUCACGAC